UUGUAAUACCUUGGGUUGAUAUCCAGAAAUUGGAAAGGACAGCCAAUGUCUUUGUGGCGGACACCAUCCGGAUCACCACACAGAAUAAGGAGCGUGACUCCUCCAUGUUUCUGAUUCUGUAUGUGGUCUUGAAGAUCAUGGAGCAGCUGGUAGAUGUGAUUCUGCGGAGGCUGCUGGAUAAUGAGGUCUGGAGCCAGAUGUGCAGGAGCCAAGCCAGAUCACCAAGAGGCAUGCAGUUCAGUGGCAUUAAGUAUGUUCACACUGAUACAUGACCAUCCUCACUGCCCAUUCCAGAACUCUUCUGACUUGAUUAAACUAAAAGUCUACCUACUACACACUACCACCCUGUUCAACCUUGCCUCACAACCGCCAUUCUGCUGUCUCUGUGGAAUCAGCUGGAUUCCUCACGCUACCAAGAAAGGAGAAGCUGCACACUGUGGUGGACUGCUCCUCUGGACGCCCUUCAGUCGGUUCCACACUGCAGGAUGCAUGUUUUCCUCUGAGAGCUCCACCUGCUUUGCCAGCAGAGAAGAUGGCUGCUACAAUGUUGUCCUUCCGCUCAGAGAGGUAGUGAGCAUGGAGAAGAUGGAGGACACCAGUUUGCUGCCCAGCCCCAUCCUCAUCAGCAUCAGGAGCAAGAUGGCCUUCCAGUUCAUUGAGCUCAAGGAUAGAGAGAUCUUGGAAGAGAUCCUGCUUGAGCGACUGAAGCAGGUCCACGCCAACCAUCCUGUGCACUAUGACACCUCAACCAAUGACAAGGACAUGGGCUGGACACACAUCACCUGUUUUGUACUUGACAAGCAGGUGCAGUGAUCACAAGUUUGGGGAUCUUGAAAUGGUGUCUUGUCACAGCAGCAAGGAGCGUGAAGACAAGAGCCCACCUCUGCACCCCCGACACCUGACUGUGGUCCUCCAGCCUUUGGGCAGCCAGAACCCUGACUCCCACCUGGUUGUUGAAGCUACUCCUUCCCUGGUGUGCCAUGGACACUGGAGGCUGGGCAAUGACCAUGGAGGGUGUGGCACCUGAGCACCAGCUCCUCCACCUGGGUGGAGAGGUGGCCGUGGAUCUUGGGCUGCAAGGGGUCUAUUGAGGACUCAGACAGCAGAGGGGGAGCCGGCCUUUCCCCUGUCCGUUAGCGGCUCUCGUGUCAUUCCUGCUGUGUGACUUGGGCAGUGGGCGGUGCCGGCCCUGUGGGUUUUCAGGUGUCAACCAAGUGUUCCUCCCACUGGCCGGUGGCAUCUGUGAGCAUCUCAGUGUCAGUUUCCCGCGUGUGUGUCCUGGGACAAAGGGCUGCCUCUCCUCUAAUUUUAAGAACUAAAAAUAUUUUUGCUACAUUCAUACUUUUUCUUUAUAUGGAAAAUUUGAGGCGAAUAGACUCCAAUUUCGUAAGUAGACUAUGUGGCAGUGAAGAGACUAGUUUUGACCUUGUCACUCCCUUGGGGACCAGGUAUGGCUGCAGACCUUAUUACCCCACACUCCUAAGUUACUGCAGCUCCUGCAGCAUCAGUUGUUACUUUUAGUGAUCCAGACUGAACCUUUCUUUUCAGAUGUGAUGCAUGCACACACACACACACAUUGGAGGUAUGGGUAUAUAUAUAUG